AUCCUCAAAACCCAAAUCAAUUCCCCAACCAAAAUCCUCAAAACAUGUCUAAUUUUGGUUUUGCCUCAAAUUUCAAUCACCCAUCCUCUGUUCCAAACAACUUUAAUCCAUAUUUUAGAUCUAUGAUGGGAUAUCCAUCUCAAACACCCCCAUUUAAUGGUUAUAUGCCAAUGGUGAAUGAAAAUUUUCAGAGUGUUGGUGAAUAUCCUGAAUUUUCAUCACAAAUAAAUCGUGGUGGAAUGACACGAGAUAAUGAAGUUGCUCCAACUCCAGAGGAUACAACUCCAAAGAGCAAGAGAAACCAACAACCAUCAUGGAACACUGAACAAAAUUUGGUGUUAAUUAGUGGGUGGAUAAAAUAUGGAACAUGCAGUGUUGUCGGAAGAAACCAGACAAGUGAAGCAUAUUGGGGUAAAAUUGCUGAGUAUUGUAACGAGCAUUGCUCAUUCGAUUCUCCGCGCGAUGUAGUUGCAUGCCGAAACCGUUUUAAUUAUAUGAACAAAUUAAUAAAUAAAUGGGUUGGUGCUUAUGAUAGCGCUAAGCGUAUGCAAGGAAGCGGUUGGUCGGAAGAUGAUGUUUUCAAAAAAGCUCAAGAAUUAUAUGGAUGUGGGAAGAAUGUUCAAUUUACUUUAAUGGAAGAAUGGCGCGCUCUCCGAGAUCAACCACGGUAUGGUAGUCAAGUGGGAGGAAAUGUUGACUCAGGAAGUAGUGGAUCUAAGAGAUCUUACGAGGACUCUGUAGGAUCUAGUGCUCGUCCAAUGGGUAGGGAUGCAGCUAAAAAAAAAGGUAAGAAGAAAAGCAAGGGCGAGACAUUGGAGAAGGUGGAAAAGGAAUGGGUUCAAUUCAAAGAAUUAAAAGAGCAAGAGAUUGAACAAUUGAAAGAGUUAACUUUGGUGAAACAACAGAAAAACAAGUUGCUGCAAGAAAAGACUCAAGCUAAAAAAAUGAAAAUGUAUCUAAAGUUAAAGGACGAAGAGCAUCUCGAUGACCGGAAGAAUGAGCUGUUGGGGAAGUUGGAGCAUGAGCUGUUUGAAAAUUAA